AUACGUAUUCAAAGAUAAGCAUAUUUCAAGAAGAGAAUGGCGUUAGUUUCCGGAGGAAGGUCAACACUGAAUCCAAAUGCACCUCUGUUCAUCCCAUCUUAUGUACCACAAGUGGAGGAUUAUUCACCCGAAUGGUGGAAUUUGGUAACAACCGCAACAUGGUUCCGUGACUAUUGGACGAGCCAGCAUCAGGAUGAGGAAUUUGGCGAUGAUGAUUUUGGUUUUGCUGGAAAUGAUGUUGCUGACUUGCUUCCCGAAAAUAUUGAUCUUGAUGUCGAUGAGGAUAUUUUGAACAUGGAAGCUCAGUUUGAAGAAUUUCUUCAAUCAUCUGCAAGUGAGCAUCAAGGAAUCGAGUCAUCGUUCUCUGUUGUCAAUGGUAAUUUUCAAUUUGGUAUACAAGAAGUUCCUGUAGGAUAA